GGCGGUGGCUGGCAGAGACUGACCCGGAGGGGCGGGGGCGGCGUGGAGGAGGCAGAGGCCGGCGGUCAGCUCCGCUCCAGCUCGGCUGCCAUGUCCCGCCAGGCGAAGGACGACUUUCUGCGGCACUACACCGUCUCCGAUCCCCGGACCCACCCCAAAGGCUACACCGAAUAUAAAGUGACCGCGCAGGAGGAGCCAGGGAAGAUUAUGGGGAGGACGGCAGCAGGCUGCUGGGAUCCUCUCCGGCUGAACCAGGAGAGCCGGUUCGAGGCCUCAGUGAUUGAGGAGCGGCGGAAGGGGGCCGAGGACCUGCUUCGCUUCACGGUGCACAUCCCUGCACUCAACAACAGCCCCCAGCUCAAGGAGUUCUUCCGGGGUGGGGAGGUAACCCGGCCCUCUGACAUGUCCAGGGACCUACACAUCCUGCCACCCCCUCUGAUCCCCACACCGCCCCCUGAGGAACCCUGGUUGCCCCAGCCGCUCCCUGCAGAGAGGAGAGGCCUUGAGGAACUGGAGGUGCCAGCGGAUCCCCCACCAUCCAGCCCUGCCCAGGAGGCCCUGGAUCUCCUCUUUAACUGUGGGAGCACCGAGGAGGCAUCCGGUUCCCCUGCCCGAGGCCCCCUCACAGAGGCUGAGCUUGCCCUCUUCGACCCCUUCUCCAGGGAAGAAGGUGCGGGCCCCAGUCCAACCCACCUGGGUGAGCUGGCAGCAAUGGAGGCGGAGUCUGAAAGGCUGGACCAGGAGCCCUGGGAGCCUGGAGGGCAGGAGGAGGAAGAGGAGGAGGAAGAACGGCCCGUCCCUGCAUAUCUGAGCCAAGCCACAGAGCUCAUCACCCAGGCUCUGCGGGAUGAGAAGGCAGGUGCCUACCCUGCAGCCCUGCAGGGCUAUCGGGACGGCGUGCACAUCCUGCUACAGGGGGUUCCCGGUGACCCAUCACCUGCCCGCCGGGAGGGUGUGAAGAAGAAGGCAGCUGAAUAUCUAAAGCGGGCAGAAGAAAUUUUGCACCUGCAUCUGUCCCAACUCCCCCCGUGAGAGGACAUGAACCCCUACCCAGGACUAGCUCCAGCACUGCCAGCUACUCCCUUUUACUGUCCCUGGGGCCUGGCCCUGCAUCCUGGUCUUGUAACUCUAGGGGUGAUUUCUGUAUGUAACUGGACCAAGAAUGAGACAAAUAAUGAAUUUGAAGCUCCUUGACCACAUCUGCCACCUUGGAAUCAGGGACUCCUACUUGUGAUCCUAUCUUGUGUGAGCAGCAUCUCUGGUCCUAAACUAGCUGUUUACCCAUCUAGAACAGGGUUCUGCAAACUACGGCCAGCAGCCACAUUUUGCCUAAGUGCCUUUUUCUG